CUUGUACUGUGUUUGAUUGUAUAUAUAUCCGGUGUGGGCGUAGUCAUAGCUGGUGUAUCAACUACAAGCAUUGCAUUCACGCUGUUGUUCUCUCCUUUUGGAACAUUGAUUCGGUAUAUCCUUUCUCAAUACAAUGGGCUUUACUCUACGUUUCCCAUUGGUACUUUUUUAGUCAAUGUCGUGGGUAGCAUGAUCCUCAUUGGUAUCUAUAUUUUAAAAACCAUAUCUGUGUCAGGAUCUGUGCCGUGCGCGGUGCUGGUCGGACUAGCCGACGGCUUUUGUGGAUGCUUGACCACCAUUUCCACAUUUGCCAUGGAACUAUCCUUAUUGCCUGUUCGUUCCAGUUACAUCUACUGCCUUGCGUCCAUCUGCAUGUCUCAGUUUUUGGGGAUGCUGAUUGCAGGGACAUGGGCGUGG